GUCAAAUCUGAUCGCUUGUCGAUUGCUACAAUUAUAAAAUGGAUGCAUAAAUGCUUACUCCUAUAACUCUACUCUACUUGCUGCUUCUGUCUCCGAUAGCCUUCAUCUUCCAUCCCAUUGCUCCUCGAGUUGAGCUUUCCUCGGUCGCGGCGUUUCAAGUCCCACACUAGCCCGCUUAUCGGUCUGGGGAUCCAUUCGCCGAACUUGUCAUAUUUAACUGCGAGAAUGGAGGACAACGCCGAACUCGAGUCCUUUCGACGCCAGUGGCGCGAGGAAGUUGCGCAACGGACGAAGCAUACUAGACCUGCCCCUGCGCAACCAAGGCCAUCCAAGCCUCCGACCGCCCCGACCAGCCAGUUUCCAUCUACCCGUCAUGAGGCAUCGCAGCAUGAAGAAGAGCACGGAGGCGCGGCCUCAGUCGAUCAUGGUGAGAUCAUCCAUGGAAUGGGUCACUUAAAUGUGCAACCCUCGGAUGAAGAUGCUUUUCACGCCCCAGCGUCUCGAGAAGAACCCAAGUCGGCUCUUGAGCACUUCGAGCGAGCGGUUGAGAAAGAGGCAGAGGGCAAGCUAGGAGACAGUGUACAGCACUACCGCAAAGCAUACAGAUUGGACUCAGCGGUCGAUAAAACAUACCGUAACAAGUACUUUGCCGCGGCGUGGAAGAAACCUGCUCAGGCUCCUACUUCCGGCGGUACAACUGGCAAGCCAGCAGAUCAGCAAUCCAAAGAUGAGACCCCCAUGCUACCGACCCCGGAGCUCAUCGCAUCUUUCGCCCAUCUCCCGAUCCCUCAAGCAGAGCCGCUGAUCGAGAACACGCCCCCUCCCCCAUGUCCUAUCUCUCAUGUGCCAUCGGAGGUGCUAGUCGAGAUAUUCAGGCAUGUGGCGCUGAUGGACCCGGCGACGCUCUGUCGGAUGGCGCUUGUCUGCAAGCGCUUCGCAUACCAUUUUGCGCAUGAGCAGCAUAUCUGGAGGCGAUUGUGUCAGGGCUCAGAGUUUGGUUUCAAAUCCAUGCACUAUUCAUUUGCAUGCGAUCUUCACGGCAACCCAGAAUACACGCUAGCAACACGCUACACGCCGUUCCCUCAAGCAGUGCCUGUUCAGAUUCCUGAACCUUUUUCUUCCUGGAGUGAGGUUUUCCAAGUUUUCCCUCGGAUCCGGUACACGGGUAUCUACAUUAGCACGGUCAACUAUACCCGUCCAGGUGCAGCUGCAGCGUACCAGAAUGUUUCAUGGAACAGCCCGAUCCAUAUCGUCACCUACUACCGAUACCUCCGCUUCUAUCCGGACGGAUCCGUCGUCUACUUGCUUACGACAGUGGAACCCCGAGACGUGGUCCCUCACAUCAGCAAAGAGAACGUCAAGGCCGCCCGAGCGACGACACAGAAACAACAUCCCCGCCACACCUCGGAUGCAGCUGGAGCCGCGGAAGCCACAGACCCAAUCCCUCAUGUCGCGCUGGAAGCGUUGAGACACGCCCAUCGGGGUCGCUGGCGCUUGACCAAGCCGGUUUCCGAUUCCGAUUCGUCCUCGGAAGACGCGCAGAGCGAAGUCCCGUCUGCAUACGAGUCCUUGCCGGACAAGGCGGCGGCGUCUCAAUCCGAUCCGCGGGAUCUUAUCAUCGAAACCGAAGGCGUAGGUCCGAAGUACAUGUACCUUCUGCAGCUGUCGCUCCGUUCGACACCGGUCGGCAAAUCGAAUCAUCCGAACGUCUCGCCACCGAAUCCGUCGAAAAACACGAAGUUGGCCUGGAAGGGGUACUGGAGCUAUAACAAACUCACUGAUGACUGGGCCGAGUUUGGCCUCAAGAAUGACCGCUCAUUUGUAUUCCGGCGCGUUCGGGGAUGGGGAAUGCAUUGAGCACAUGAAAUUAAGAAUCAAUCGUUUCAAUUUGUUGUGGAUUAUAUGCCAGUCGACACGAAGGACCUCGAUAUGAUAUGAUAUCUAUGUUGGCC